AGGGAGCAAGGUGACUGUUAUUCCAUCGUGAACCUGAAUGUUUUUUCUUCUACAGUCAUACUUUCAUAGGUAUUAUGCUGUCCUUGCAUCCCGUUAGUCUGUGUACAUGAGACUGCCAUUGCAUACCACUGCUCUUCACCUCUACUCGGAAGAAGGGUUUGUGUGGAGCUGUCUGUAAAGGAGGUUAGACACUGCAUGCAGGAGGUUGAAGGAAGGAGUAAUGGGCUGAAAGAUCAGAGAAGAUUGUGAAGUCAGCUGUAAUAGAAAGGGAAUGCUAGGAAUUGCAAGAUGCUCUUUCUUUAAAAGAGUGUGGGAUUUCUCAUGGCAGUUGACAGCUUCCUCUGUUCUGCUGAGGACUGAAAGCUGGUACAGCCAGCAGCUUUUUGGGCUGCCUUGUGAAUCAGAAUGGAAGCACUGGCACUCUGGAGUGCCAUUUGGGGAAUCUCCAAGUGUACUUUUGGUCACUUUUAAGGAUUGAUUCAGACCAACCUUCUGUAACUCGACAGCAGUGAUGUGCAUUGCUUACAGUCCAGUAACUCUAGUGGUGGUUCCCUGUGUGCAUUUUUUGAUUCUAAUUAAAAUAUUCCCUACAAGUUUUGCCUCACGUAAGUUAGGACAAGGUUUUGGGAAGUUAGAUGAAUUCUAGAUGUCCUCUCCAAGGUGUAAAGAGGGCCUUUUAAGUCAGCCUGUGGCACUGUAUGUUUUCCAGCAUCUUGCAUCUGCAAACUCUCCACUGAGUUCAGUGAAAUGUCUGCUGUCCUGGCUUGACCUGUGUAUUUUGCUCUCACGUCUCCCCGUGGAAGGGAUCUUGCCUAGACAAGUAUGUGGUGCUUGGCCUCCUACGUUUCAAAUUUAAAUUGCUGACCUGCAAAGCCUUUUUACUGGGUUUCAGCUCCCUCAUGCACUGCUUAUAUUUGCAAUUGGUUUGUUUGCAUCCAUGCAGACAAGGGAAUCUCUGCCACAGGGUUAACAGUCCAGUGAAGAUUACACCUGUCAGUAAGCAUUUGUGAAAAUUAGUAUCUUGAGGAUUUGGAAGGAUGUAAUUUCCUUUACUGCUUACCAGUGUCUGACUUAAUUUUAAUUCUCAAACUUGGCUUGAGGUAAGAUUAAGACUAUGGACAACUACAGGAAGGCUUAAAACAUUUAAGUAAUACAGUUGCUGAUUGAAAUGUUAAUGCACAAUGGCUCUGGGAGGUGAUUCAAUUUUGUGAUUGGACUCUCAGGUCUUCCUCCUGCCUGCAGCUGCUCUGGUGGGGUGGAAUGUCACCACAGCCCCUUCCCAUUGGCCUGGUGUGUUUGUCCAGGUGUCUGCCUCUGCCAUAAAAGACUGAGAUUGCUGGAUCCCCUGUGCAUUCGGCAAUCACUGCAGCAAAAAAAAUGGCACAAGGUGUCUACUUGGUUGUUUUACUUUUGUGUCUUGGAUUAAUGUAUCCUCUUGUAACUGGGAUUUUUAUGGACAAGCUUGCCAGCCAGAAGCUGUGUGCUGAUGAUGACUGUGUCUACACCAUUUCCCUUGCCAGAGCAGAAGAGGAUUAUAACGCUCCAGACUGCAGAUUCAUUAAUAUCAAAAAAGGGCAGUUGAUUUAUGUUUACUCAAAACUAGUAAAAGAAAAAGACUCUGGAGAAUUCUGGGCUGGAAGUGUUUAUGGAGAACAGUAUGAAGACCAUAUGGGGACAGUUGGUUAUUUCCCAAGCAGUUUAGUCUCAGAGCAACAUGUCUAUCAAGAAGCAAAUAAGACUGUUCCUACAACGGACAUUGAUUUCUUCUGUGAAUAGCACUGUCAGUGGUUGGGUAAGGUGUCAGCUGCUGCCAGGGAAAGCUGACAGGGAGAAACCUGGACACCCUCCCUGAACACAGAGCCCUUCCUGUGAUAGAUGUUUGUGAAGCAAGUAAUCUUUCUUCAAAACAAGGGAGUUUUUAUUUAAAGGAGUGAUUUAGGAUGGGGAAACAGUCCUACAUGGGAUUUGCUCUUUAGAGAUUUUUUACCUGUGUGUUCUUUGUUACUUGUUAAUAAAGCUAAUAGCCUUUGA